GCCACAUGGAUGAGGGUCUGGCCACUCUGUCCCUGACACAGGGUGACUCAGGACAGUGGACACUAGCCUGGAUGGCAGGUGACACUGUGCACCCCUUACUACCCAGCACACCAAUGGCCAAAGCUGCACCUUGAGGCUGCAGGAGUGGGGCUCUGCCUGGACAUGGUGCCAGAAGGCACGUCAGCUUGCUGGUGUCCAGCGUCCUCUCCGCCAGGCCUUGCCCAGGAUGCCAUGAUGCUGGCUGGGAGGAGUCCUGAGCGGAGCCACCAACUUCUGAAGGCAGAGCCUCAGCCAAUGGAGGUACAGGAAGCCAGCCCUGAACUGACCCCGGAGGAGAGGAGAGUCUUGGAAAGGAAGCUGAAGAAAGAACGGAAAAAGGAAGAGAAAAAGCGGCUGCGGGAGGCUGGCAUAGCUGCGGCUCAGACAGCCAAGGGUCAGACCCUGCCAGCCAAGCCCUCAGCUGCCGUUCUGGCCCUGGAGUAUCUCCAAGGGUGGGCCCAGAAGCAGGAGAGCUGGAGAUUCCAGAAGACGAGGCAGACGUGGCUCCUGAUGAACAUGUAUGAUGAGGACAAGGUUCCUGACGAGCACUUCUCUACCCUGCUGGACUACCUCGAGGGACUGAAGGGCAGUGCCCGUGAGCUGACGGUCCGGAAGGCUGAGGCCCUGAUGCAGGAGCUCGAUGAGGCUGACACGGAGACCAGAGAGACACAGCUGGGGAAGAUGGAGCGCCUCCGGCAGGUGCUGCAACUACUCUCCUAAUGGAAAGAGGUGGCUGGGGUCCUGAGGACACACUGGUUACCUCCUCUCACAGCUGUGGAAGCAAGCAGGUCACCAGCACUCAUCUGCCUUGAGGACUUUCUUCCAAAGUCCUGGGAAGCCUCCCCCCCCCCAUCCUCCUGCCUAUAAGCAGUCCUGGUGCCUUGAGAGUUGAACAUGGUCUCCCUGAAACAGCUCCGGGGGCCACUCCCACCUAUGUGGCCCUAAGGUGGCUGUGGACAGAUUCUAUUGUUCUAUCAGUGAAAAUCUCAGAGACUAGCCCAUGCUGACUUUCUCCAUCAGCUGGGAUUCUCUGGUGUGGUGAUGGUGUUCUCCUACAUGUUCAGUUUGGAGGCCACUGCAGUGCAGCCUGGAUGUAAUUCACCUGCCUGCAGGGAAACCCAGCUGGGGGCUUGCAGUGAGGGCUGGACUCAUGAGUGAGCUACAAGAGGCUGCUGCUCCAUAACCUCUGUGGGCUUUCAACAACCACGUGCUGUCCCUCAGUGUCAGCAGCUAGGUCAAGUUCCUUCUCACUGGAUUGUCUCAGUCAGCGUGUUGGAAACACAGUAACUAAGCAUUUGUGUCUGGACCCAUGUCACCAUCAGAGCACAUGCCCAACUCCCUUUAGGUGACUUUUCCUGGGGACCAUAAAGAAUUGCCCAUGGAUGUCCCAUAGGGAGGGCACUGAUCAGCCAGAGAGGAUUUGACGCAAGCCCAACUCAGUGAGCAGUGAGUUCACUGGGGACUUCAUAGGAGCCAUGUGGAGUCCACCUUCUGCCUCCUGGGCUAUCCCGCCCACAACCUCUGGAACUCCUCACCCACAACCCCUUUGCAUCCAAGUAACUUUUACACAGCUCUGGGUAUAGAGAUGUAUAAAAGAGGUUUACAGAUAAAAUAUAUACUAGAUCAUAAUAAAUUUAUUUUUAAACUA